UUUUGAUGUCUAAGUUAAACAUUUAGUAAGUAAAUGACUGAGUUAAUUAUGCAAUUGACUCUAAUAUGAUGUGAGAAAUCACAUACGUCAAACAAACCAAACACGCACACAUACAUACAAUUCUCCAACAUGCGAGGAGGUUACUUCUUCCUCUUCUUCUUGUUCAUCACAAUCUCAACCUCUACAGUCACAGACACGUUAACCUCAUCACAAAUUCUCAGAAGAAAUCAGACCCUUCAGUCUCUUAAAGGAUCAUUCGUUCUUGGUUUCAUCUCACGAACAUCUUCCAACAUUUAUUUAGCCAUAUGGUACAAAGACAUCCCAGACACUGUUGUUUGGGUCGCUAACAGAGACAACCCUCUUCAAAAUUCAACAGACAGCUUUCUCAAAAUCACUGACGAUGGAAACAUAGUACUUCUCAAUUCAUCAUCAGUUUCCAACAACAACAACAACAACCUCGUUUGGUCUUCGAAUCAAACGAAUGCGAAAAACCAGGUUCUUGUUCUUCAGCUAUUAGAUACUGGAAACUUAGUACUCAGAGAAACAAACGUGAAUGAUCCAACAAAAUAUCUAUGGCAAAGCUUCGAUCACCCGACAGAUACUUUGUUACCAAACAUGACCAUGGGUUGGAACAUCAACGACAAAACUGAAAAGUACUUAACAUCAUGGAAGAUCACAGGUGAUGAUCCUUCAUCAGGAGAUUAUUCAUUCAAAGUUGAUUUUCAUGGUUUACCAGAAGUUUUCCUGCGGAAUGAUGAUACCAUAAUAUACCGAAGUGGACCUUGGAAUGGUGAAAGAUUCAGCGGUGUACCAGAGAUGCAAAAUAGCACAGAUUCAAUAGUUUUUAGUUUCACAUCAAACAAACACGGUGUGAACUACUCAUUUUCGAUUGGAAAUAAGUCGACUUUUUCGAGACUUGUAGUGAAUUCUAAUGGUCAACUUCAACGUUUAACUUGGGUUCAGAGUAACAAAACAUGGACAACGUUUUGGUAUUCACCUAAAGAUCAAUGUGAUGAAUACAAAGAAUGUGGUCCUUAUGGUGUAUGUGAUUCCAACGCUUCGCCAGUUUGUAAAUGCAUGAAAGGCUUCCGUCCUAAGAAUAAGCAAUUUUGGAAACUGAGAGAUGGAUCUGAUGGAUGUGUGAUGGAUAAGGAUUUGGAUUGCGACAGUGAUAAAUUUUAUCGAAUGGAGAAUGUGAAGUUGCCUGAUACAACGUCGGUGUUUGUGAACAGAACAAUGGAUAUUGAUGAAUGUGGUGAAUUGUGUCAUAGGAAUUGUUCUUGUACUGGUUAUGCUAAUAUUUAUAUAAGUAAUGGAGGAAGUGGUUGUGUUACGUGGAGUGAUGAACUUAAUGAUAUUAGAAGUUAUCCUGAUGGUGGACAAGAUCUCUUUGUUAGAUUAGCAGCUUCUGAGCUAGAUGAGAAUAGAGAUGUAAAAAGAAAUGUUAAAGCAAUCAUCAUAGCUACGGUCAUAGCAGCAACAUUUAUUGUUGUCAUUUGUACCUAUUUCUUAUGGUCACGAGCUUCUAAAUAUUCAGGGAAAACCAAUCAAGAAAUUGAAGUUAAAGUUGAGGACCUUCCUAUAUUUGAAUUCAAAAACAUUUUAACAGCAACAAAUAAUUUUGAUUUAGCUAACAAGAUUGGCCAAGGCGGUUUCGGUUCAGUGUAUAAGGGAGAAUUGCCUGAUGGAUUAGAAAUAGCAGUAAAAAGGCUUUCGAAAGCUUCAGGACAAGGACAAGAAGAAUUUAUGAAUGAAGUGAUUGUAAUUUCGAAGCUUCAACAUCGAAAUCUUGUAAGACUUUUAGGUUGUUGCAUCAAAGGGGAAGAAAAGAUGUUGGUCUAUGAAUACAUGCCUAAUAACAGUUUAGACUUUUAUUUAUUCGAUCCAAUACAAAAGCAGGUUUUAGAUUGGCAAAAACGAUCAUACAUAAUUGAAGGAAUCUCCCGAGGAUUGCUUUAUCUUCACCGAGAUUUAAGAUUAAGAAUAAUACAUCGAGAUUUGAAGCUAGGUAAUAUUUUAUUGGAUGGGAAUUUGAAUCCAAAAAUAUCAGACUUUGGCAUGGCCAAAAUCUUUGGAGGCACCGAAAAUGAGGGAAAUACAAGAAGAAUCAUGGGAACAUAUGGAUACAUGUCUCCUGAAUAUGCAAUGGAAGGAUUAUUUUCAGAAAAAUCCGAUGUAUUUAGCUUUGGAGUUAUGCUCCUCGAAAUAAUAAGUGGUAAAAAAAAUACAAGUUUCUAUAAUCACGAAGAAGCAAUCAGCCUUUUAGGAUACGUAUGGAAACUAUGGAAGAAAGGGGAGAUAGUAUCUUUGAUAGAUUCAGAAAUAUAUAAUCCAAAUAAUGUGGAUCACGUUUUAAGAUGCAUUCAUAUUGGACUUCUUUGUGUGCAAGAAACUGCAAAGGAGAGACCUACCAUGACAAAAGUUGUUUCAAUGCUUAAUAAUGAUAUUGAUAAAUUUCCUCGUCCAUGUCAACCUGCAUUCGUUGAAAGACAAAUUGAGGAUAGAGGAGAAUCAUCUCAACAAGUUCGUGUCUUGAGUUCGUUGAAUGAUGUCACUGUCACAAGCUUGCAUGGCAGGUAAUUAGCGGACACAUACGAUGCCAUGGUUGAAAUAACUACAUUUUUUAAACAAUAACAAUAUUGGUUCCUUAAGACUUUAAACUAAUAUAUAAAUUUCUAUGGUAAAUAUCUCUGAAAUCUACCUGCCUAAGCAACAAGACAUGUACGCUUGGCUGUAGUGUAGAAUGAUUAUUACUGGAAAUAUGAGUGUGGCAUUGAAUAGA